UUGCGGUCGGACGUUUCGCCGACACUAUACCGGGGGACGGAACUGUUAUUUAUCGCCGAAUAUCCUGGGGAGUCUUCGGAACAGAAUUUGGCUUUGAUUUCAUUUUAUGACAUCAUAAUAAUGGCUUUAUCUUCCACAUCACAAUUUUCAGCCAUUGAUCAAGCAUGUGAGGCAGGGGAACAAUUCUACAAGGUGUUUUAUGAAAACUUUGACAAGAAGAGAACACUCCUGGGUAAGCUAUACCUGGAGAGUGCCACUAUGGUUUGGAAUGGCAAUCCCGUAUCAGGGUCCGCCGAGAUCACAAAGUUCUUUGAUAAACUACCGGUCUCGGAACAUCGAGUGGACACGCUAGACUGUCAGCCUAUUCCAACUGAGGUUACAGACAACCAGACAUCGGUUCUCGUCAUAACCAGUGGGAAAGUCAAAUUCGAUGGAAAAGGAAACUUCCCUUUCGCUCAAAACUUUGUCCUCACACAGACUCCGAAUGGAGUUUGGAAAGUAGCAAGCAGUUCCUUCAGGUAUGAAGAAUGACAUUGGAAAGAGACUUGUGACGUUACACCUUGAUCAGGCUGUAAGAUGAAUCUGAUGGUGUUGCUUUGUGCAGAAAUCCGCAAGUAAUGUUGCUCCUAUCCAUCAGAUGUUUACAUUACAUCAGGAGUUAAUGAGACAAUGAGCCAUUACCAUCAGCGAAGCCAUUGUGUGAGAUGGAUUAUUGGUGCUAUGUCUACAUACCUCUAACAAGCUACAAGGAAGGAGAGGAUUCGAUGACAUACAGUACAUGUCAGCAUUCAUCAACUUUGGAUGGCCAAGUGUGCUUGAAGUCUAUUGGGGAUGAUCCAGGCCCUGGGCUGUAACAAAGCUUAGCGAUUGAUCAUAGGGCCAAUUUCUACGAUUAAUUGCAUUGAUUGUGUAUGAUCAAUCAUAGAUAUCAGCCUUAUGAUCAAUUGCAAAGCUUCAUGUUACAGGGUCUAGGGUUGAAGAUGCACAACCCUGUCUUAAUGGAGAAACUUGCAACAGGGGCCCCUAAAGCUUAGCAAUCGAUCAUAGGACUGAUUUCUAUAAUUUAUUGCAUUGAUUAUUGUGUGAUCUGUCAUAGAUAUCAGCCUUAUGAUCAAUUGCAAAGCUUUAUGUUACAUGUCCCCAGACAAUAAAAGCACACAAACUCUCACUGAUUUCAAGCAAGGGAAGUUAGUUUGUGUUUUCAACAUUCCUAUACUUUUUGUCUGCUUUUGUAGACUUAUAUUUGCAGUAUCUUUUAAUCAUAAAUGCCAGUAUUCGUACAAUUAAUAUGAUAAAAAAGAGAAAUGUACUUAGACAAAUAUUUGACAAGUUUAAGGUUUAAAAAAAUAAGAAAUUUGCAGAUGUUUUUUUAUAUCCAACACCCAAUUUUCUUGUGAAAUUACACGUUCAUCUAGGAAAAUAUUUUUUACUGGAAAUACUCCUUAUCACAAUUGUUUUCAGACAUACACAUUUAUAUAAUCUAGAAAUAAGUUUGAGUAGUAAUAUGCACUGUUUGGGCUUACUAAAACUUUUCUUGUUCUUUCCAGGGCCCUGUAACACAAAGCAUAGUGAUUGAUCGUGGGCAUACUUUUAUGAUUGAUCAUACACAAUAAUCAUGCAAUAGAUUGUAGAAUCAGCCCUACAAGCAAUCACAAAGUUUAAUAAAUAGGGUUGUGAAUCUAAUGUAAGAGAACUGUUACUAAAGCUGGUGUAAAUUUAGAGCACAAGGGCCCGGAACACAAAGCUUAGCAAUGGUAAAUUGUUUACAGGAAUUGAAUAAUAAAACAAACUUGCGCAGCUACAAGAAAUCACUCAAAAAAAUUUGGCCUUGUAUGAAAAGACAUGAACAAUUUAUUAAAUGUUUUAUCUUGUUUUUGUAUAUAAAA